UCCCCAUUCUGUCAUGUUCCUCUCCCUUCAGCCUCAAGACCCCACUCCUUUAAAUUCCUAUCACUUUAACCUCCUCUUAAAUUCAUCCCCAUCACAGUUCCUUUUCUUUUCUUUUCUUUUCUUUUCUGUUUUUUUGACCUCAAUCACAGUUCCUUCCUUUUUUUUUUGACCUCAACAUUUCCAGUUUCCUUCCUUCAAUCCUUAAUAAUAAAAAUUAGUCGUGAGAUAAAUGACCACAUUAUGCCUAAAACAAAAAGGAUAAAGGGGGGAAAAGCCCUAGCGAGAAGAAGCUUUUGUACACUUCACGGAGUAAUCAAUUCUGCGACUUCAGUCUUCUAGUACAGGCAUUGCCCCUUUUCCCGACAGACGCGGAUACCUACACCUUCCGGUCAUACGCAGUGUGUUACGCAGAAACGAAGCACAACCAAAUGGUUCCGACAGGGUUAGAUCUGUGUGUGAUACCAUAUUCUGCCUCUGGCUAUGUUUGAUUUGACAAAUCCUGCGUCUUCAACUCACUGAAGUAGCAGUAUUAGUGGAAAUGAAUAGUAGUAAUGCAAGUGGUGGAGGUGGGACAGCUACGGGGAUGAUGGGGAUCACUAGGUCACCGUUCACGCUCUCUCAGUGGCAGGAACUGGAGCACCAGGCGUUGAUUUUCAAGUACUUGGUGGCGGGUCUUCCCGUGCCUCCCGAUCUUGUCCUUCCCAUUCAGAAGAGCUUCGAGUCCAUUUCUCAAAGGUUCUUUCACCCUCCCACCAUGAGUUAUUGUUCCUUUUAUGGGAAGAAGGUGGACCCGGAGCCAGGACGGUGCAGGAGGACUGAUGGGAAAAAGUGGAGGUGCUCCAAGGAAGCAUACCCAGACUCAAAAUACUGUGAGCGCCACAUGCACCGUGGCCGCAACCGUUCAAGAAAGCCUGUGGAAUCUCAUACCAUGAUACAGUCAUCAUCCACUGUGACAUCACUGACUGUCACAGGUGGCAGUAGUAGAAAUGAAAACUCCCAGAACCUUUCCACAAAUGCCUUUACUAAUCCCCAAGGUACUGGUUCUGGAACCUACCAGACUCAGUAUAAUCUGGAUUCCAUUCCCUAUGGGAUCCCAAGCAGAGAAUACAGGUAUCUUCGAGGGCUUAAAUCUGAGGUUGGCGAGCAUAGUUUUAUUUCUGAAGCUUCGGGAAGUAACAGGUGUCUCCAGAUGGAAUCACCAAUGGAAAACACAUGGCCUUUGAUGACAACCAGAGUUGCCUCAAAUGCUACCUCAAAAUCAAACAACAGCACUAUGCAGCAGAGUGAUUAUCCUCAGCACUCAUUUCUGUCCGGUGGGUAUGCGUCUGGGGAGCCUGUGAAGCUGGGGGGUAGCCAGUCUCUUCGACCUUUAUUUGAUGAAUGGCCUAGAAGCAGGGAAUCAUGGUCUGGACUGGAGGAUGAGAGAUCCAAGGAGGUAGCUUUUCUAACACAACUCUCAAUAUCAAUCCCUAUGUCCUCUUCCGACUUCUCUGCAGCUAGCUCUCAAUCCCCAAAUGGUGAGAUUUAG